GAAAGAUGGCGGAUGCUUUGACAUUUAGAAGUUAUUUUGCCGUCAUUGAUUUUUAGUUUUCCGCGGGACACCGACAAGAUGAUCAACCGGUUUAGGUCUACUGUAAACAACGUGAUUGCCAAUCUUCAUCCUAUACCACGUUCUCCUGAAAAAACGCAAAGGGCCGAGGAUUUGCCGGUAAAGUUUCCGUACAGUCGUCCCGAGUUUUUAAAUUUAAGUGACGAGGAAGUGAAGGUGUCCGCUGACCAUGUUUUGAGACCAAUUCUAGUACCCCGCGAUAUAGCAAGGUUACCAUGGUACAGUGGCUAUUCAGAAGUGAUAAAUGCUGGUAAGAGUUUGUACAAUGAAGACCAAGCUGCCAUUGGUAUUUUUCAUCUAGGAGAAUCAUCAUUUGAUUCACAAAAUCAACCUGCGGCAAAAUCUGGUACCUCAGACACUCCUUCCAGGGAAAACUCACUGGAUCAGGAUGACAACACAUACACAUAUUUUGCCAUCUAUGAUGGUCACGCUGGGAAUGCAGGGGCAGUUAUGGCAGUCCAUACAUUGCACCUACACAUACAAGAACACUUAAAUGCUGUGGCAAAUAUAUUAAUAAAUUCACCGCACUAUAGCCUUCCUGAGGGAAAUACCGUACAUAUCCACAAUGACAAAUAUCACGGCAGAGUUAAGUGGCCUUUCCAUGAAAGGGAUCUUCCAACUGAGAGUCUUAUAUGUGGUGCACUGGAGAAUGCAUUCUGGGAUAUGGAUGAACAGAUAGGUCAUGAGAAACACAUCUUCCGUAUACCAGGUGGUUGUACUGCCUUAGUAGCAAUAUUUCUACAUGGUAAACUAUAUUUAUCGUGUGCAGGUGAUUCAAGAGCAAUCAUAGUGAGGAACAAUGAAAUAAUAGAGAUGUCACAAGAAUUUACACCAAGUACAGAAAGACAAAGAUUACAACAUUUAGCAUGGAUCCAACCAUGUUUAUUAGAUAAUGAAUUUACACAUUUAGAAUUUCAUCGACGAAUUUACAAAAAAGACAUUGGUAAAAGAGUAUUAUACAGAGAUAAACACAUGACUGGAUGGGCUCAUAAAAUAGUAACUGCAGAAGACACCAAGUUUCCUUUGAUAUAUGGAGAUGGUAAGAAAUCUAGAAUGUUAGCAACAAUAGGUGUAACCAGAGGAUUCGGAGAUCAUGAACUUAAAGUACAUGACACAAAUAUUUACCUGAAACCAUUCCUUAGUCCUAUUCCAGAGACUCGUAUCUACGAUUUGAAUCAAACAGAACACAGUGAGAAUGAUGUGCUUAUAAUGGCUUCUGAUGGAUUAUGGGAUAUUCUAUCCAAUCAAGAAGCAGCAGAUAUUGUCAAAGACAUACUAGAAAAUUUCCCACCUGGAGAUAUGAGUAGGUAUGCAUCAGCAGCCCAAGAAUUAGUUAUGCAGGCAAGGGGGAUCUUGAAACAGAAUGGAUGGAGAACAAUGGGAGACACAAGACAAGCAUCUAACGAUGACAUCACCGUGUUUGUUAUUCCAUUACAUUGUCAUGUUAAUUUAUCAUCACAAAGUAGUCUUACUGAAUCACAGGAUGCAUUGUCAACUUAAAUGCAGGGAACAUAGCUUUGUUUUCAAGAAUCCAAGCAAUAUACAUAACUGUGUUGGAUGCCAUGAACUAAAUAAAUAAAUAAAUAUUUGUAUUAUUUAUGGACCAUGAAA